AUGUUGCAAACCUCAUCAAUAUCUUCUUCAAUACCCUGGAAUGAUGCUGUCUAUUCCAAUUGGUCUCCAAUUUUAACUUCGAUUUUGUUAAUUAUCCGUAUUACUGUAGUUAUUGCUCAGAGAAAAUACUAUUCUCAACCAGUAGUGGUUAUCCUUUUUCUCACUGUCAAAAUAUUCAUGGACUAUUUUAUGUUCGAGGGUGUUGAGCGUUUCUCCAGUUUCCCCGAAAAUAUUAAUCUACGAAUCGUUUGUGCGAUUGAAGUAUUCUACGUCAUCAUGUCUAACUUUAUAAUUUACUCAACAUUUUAUGGAGACUUCAAACUCCCAAUCAAGGUUAUAAUUCAAUUUUCGGCGCUCAAUUUGAUUUCAGUUAUUGUUGCCAUGGUUCUCUUGAUUGUUAUUGAGAAUCCAAUGUGUUAUCUAACAACCGUUGUUGCACUACAUGUGAUCUCAACUGCUGAAAAGAAAAUCGGCGAAAAAACAAAGAGUCAGCGAUCAGCGGAAUCUAAUUUUGUGUUCGAAAAUGCAGCAGAAGAGCUCAUGUUCCCCGGUGAAAACGAGUUGAAUACUAUCAGUGAUAUCGCUUCGGAAGACGAAUGUGAUCUGAAUUUGGAUGAUGAAAUAGAGAUUGCUCAGCAAGAAGAAGCCAUCGUAUCUGCUCCAGCGUCGAGUCGAGAACCAUCAAUAUUUGCAACUGCUGAAUCGGGAAGGCCGAGAAGACAUGAACAUCGAAUUCAGAUAAUGCAGAGAACUUUGAAUAGAGUGGCUUCAAUCGAAUGCUAUCAUCCAAGUACUAUAGAGAGAUAA